UACAGUGGUUUUGAGAGCAAAAGAUCCAUGGCUUUGACGUUGAGAAGAUGGAGGCUUCUGUUGGUGCUCAACGUGCUCGCGGUGGCCGGAAUCAUGACGCUGUGGAGCCGCUGCACGCGCACAGCUCCGGCACUCCGGGCCGUCGCUCCUCCGGGGGUUCCGGUCGUUGCAGCGGACGCCGACGCCGAGCGCGGCAGGCCAAACCGGGCCAACGGAACCGCCGCUGUUAGCCACCAAGUGUUGCUCAACAGGCUCAGCUCGCUGGAGGACGUCGUUUACCGGCAAUUGAACGGAUUGUCCAAAUCUCUGGGCCUUGUGGAGGGCUUCGGGGGCCGGGGGGCUGGCGGCCUUCCUGCCACGUUGUCCCCGGGUGAGGAGAGUGAUGCCAAAUACCUGAGGGAGAAAUAUGGCUACAAUGCUUACCUUAGCGACACCAUCUCUCUGGACCGGAACAUCCCUGACCAUAGACCCAGCGGGUGCCGAGAUGUCGUCCACCCCCGGGAUCUUCCCCAGAUGGCGCUGGUCUUCAUCUUCGUCAAUGAGGCCCUGUCUGUCAUCCUACGCUCGGUUCACUCUGCCGUCAAUCACACGCCAGCUCACCUACUCAAGGAAAUCAUCCUGGUGGACGAUCACAGCGAUGACGAGCAGCUGAAAGGACCGCUGGAGAACUACUUGAAGAAGCGCUACCCCGGACUCGUCAAGAUUGUCCGAAACCAGAAGCGAGAAGGUCUGAUACGGGCCCGGAUCGAGGGCUGGAAGGCUGCCACCGCCGAGGUGACGGGAUUUUUUGACGCCCACGUGGAGUUUACGCCCUUCUGGGCCGAGCCAGUCCUGACCCGAAUCAAGGAGGACCGCCGCCGGAUCAUCCUUCCGUCCAUCGACAACAUCAAGCACGACACCUUUGAGGUGGAGCGUUACGAGAACUCAGGCCAUGGAUACAAUUGGGAGCUGUGGUGCAUGUACAUAAGCCCGCCCAAGCGCUGGUGGGACGAAGGUGAUGUGACGGCGCCCAUCAGGAGUCCCGCCAUGAUCGGAUGUUCCUUCGUUGCCGAUCGGGUCUUUUUUGGCGAGUUGGGCCUUCUGGACCCUGGCAUGGACGUCUACGGGGGCGAGAACAUCGAACUUGGCAUAAGGGUGUGGACGUGCGGUGGCAGCAUGGAGGUGUUGCCGUGCUCCCGCGUGGCUCACAUCGCCCGCGUGAAGAAGCCCUACCACAGCAACAUCGCCUUCCACAUGCGCCGCAACGCCCUGCGGGUGGCCGAGGUUUGGAUGGACCGCUUCAAGUCCAACGUCUACCUUGCCUGGAACAUCCCCAUGGAGAAUCACGGCAUUGACUUUGGAGACGUCUCGGAGAGGACGGAGCUCAGGAAAAGUUUGCAGUGUAAAAACUUCCAGUGGUACCUGGACAACGUUUACCCCGAGAUGAGGACGUAUGACAAUACGCUCUACUACGGCGAGAUUCGCAACUCCAAAGUGAGCCACCUUUGUUUAGACCAGGGUAUGAAGGAAAACCACACGGUCACCUUGCACCCCUGCCAUGGAUGGGGUCCUCAGUUGGGACGUUACACCAAAGAAGGCCAUCUGUUCCUGGGGCCUCUGGGCAGCACCGGAGCGGACACUCGCUGCGUGGCGGAUGAUCCUGACUCGGCGUUACCGCAACUCCUGGACUGUGACGCAGACAAUGACCAACUAGCCGUCAAGUGGAUUUUCACUCAGGGCGAUUCCCUGGUCAACUCAGCGACGGGUCGCUGUCUGGAGGUGGUGCCGGCCAACGUGUACUUCGGCCACCAGGUGGUAAUGCAGACAUGCUCCGGUCAGCGGUGGACCAUUAAAAACACGGUAACCCUGGCGUAA